UCAAAAUGCAUUACAAAAUUGUUCAGUAUUAAACUUCCUUCAGCACAAUUACUCAUUUCAUCAAAUUUUGAAAUCUCCAACAACUGAUUAUGAUUCUUGUUUAGAUCAUAUUUACAUAAAUUUCCCCCAAGAUCGUCUUUGUCUUUCUGGAACAUUAGAAUCAUACUAUUCUGAUCAUAAACCAAUAUAUUUAUCAGUGAUAUCAGAAACAUCUUAAAACAUGAUAACUUUUCAGCUUGUCACAAGUCUAAAUUCAUCUUGUUGUGCCUGCCAAUACAAAUGUAUUACACCAAACAAUAUAUUCAUUCAAUUUUCUUAAUCUGCUGUACAUUAAUAUUCAAUAAACUAAUUAACAUAUCACUGUUUCAGGCUACAACUAUCUCUCUGUCAGAUCUGAUGGCGCAAAAGGGUCAAAUCCCUUACACUAAGAGUGUUAAAGCCAAAGUAAUCGACACCGAUCCGGAACAUUCCUACACCAAUGAGAGAAAUGAGUCACGUAUUCUGAAAAACUGUGUCAUAGCUGAUGAGGGAAAAGCAGUUCUGUGCGUCGUGUAUGACCAGACAAAAUUCCCAAGAUUCAAGGAGGGGAGCUCAGUUAUCUUGAGAAAUGUGAUUAAGAAGCCUGACGGGGUUGCUGUCACUAGCAACACAAAGGUAUUCCCCUGUGCAGAAGUUAGUGUUCCUGAGCACAUUGUGAACCAAGCUAAAAAUCUUCUGCACCCCCCACCUGCCCCAACAAAGACGGUGAGCGAAGCUUUGAAUUCGCCGCCUAAAGAGAGAGUUUCAAUAAAGGGGACAAUCACCCAGGAAGAAGCAACAAGACAAGUUUUUGUAAGGGAGGAAAGAGUUAAUGUAAAGAACAUUUACAUAGAGGAUGCAACAAGCAAGUGCAAAGUUGCAUUGUGGCGCAGCUUUGCUGAAAAAGACAUAAGACCAGGAGAUUAUGUCCAUAUCACAGAUGUUGUGAUCAACACCUUCCGCAAUGAAGUGUCCUUGACAACAACUUCAAAAACCAAAAUUACAAAGACGGAUUGUCCUCCAGAAGUGAAAGUCAAGCAGGCUGUCUCUGGCUGUGUUGAUGGGGAAAAUAUGACAUUCCUGUUGGAAGAUGAUACCAUUCUAACCAUGCCAUUGGAAUUGGUAGAAGUUGCCCUACCAAAUGUUGAGAAAGAGGAAAUUGAAAGUUAUGUAAUCAGCCGCUGCAAUCCGAUGCUGUCUAUUAGAUGCACCUCAAAGGGGAGCAGUGUCAUAAGCAUUGAGUUUUUGUGAACAUUAAUGUAAUGUUCUUUGAACACUUAAUAAUCUUAAAGGAAUUCUAGAAAUAAUCUCCGCCAUGUUUAAUGUCUCCAUUAAAAGAUGUUUACUUUUAUCAUAAACAUUUGCUUGAAAAUAAUUUGGAAAUUUUCUGCUGUCCAGAAACAUUUUUAGAUGUGAACUGAUCAAUUGCAUGUUGAGUAGUUGUAUUGUUUUGUAGGAGUGUGGAUGUUCUUGUGAAUUUUGUUUUUUUUGUUAUGCUUGUCUGCAUAUUUCUUAUCAAAUUGUAACAUUUCUUAAAGCAAGUUCUGCUUUUUUGUAUAUAUUUCAUCUAAAUACUUUGUUUGUUUACAUAUGGAUUGUUCUAAACAGAGAGUCUAGAAAUCUUAACAUACGGCUAUGUUUCAAGGUGAUUUUGCCUUGUUUCUUAUCUGGCAUAGAGACUCUGCAUAUACCAGGUUAUGUCCUGCUACCUAAUUUCACUUAUUGUAUAGCCAUUAUUGCAAAUAUCAUUUUUAUAAAUUUCUCAGAAUAAUAUCAUUACACAUUCCUAUAUGUUCAUACAUUUCGUUAAAAAAAAACAGGUUGUGAAUAACAACAUACAAUGUCCUUUGAAAAUAUAUCAUACAAUAUAAUUCUUUACCUUUCAAUUAUUCCUAUAUUUCAUUGCCCUAUUACAUUUUCAUUUACCUGAAUAUAAUCCUAAAAUAUGUGUCAUACCAAUUGUAACAUAUAUUUUGCAUAGAACAUAUGAAAGUUGACAUCAUAAGUAUUUUUGAAACCUGAUAUUUUUCAGAAAGUGCCAAAAAAUGCCAUAUUUUACAAUUGUUUACCUCUUACAUAUUUUUAUAUUUCAUUGCUCAAUUACUUUUUCAAUUAUGCUUCCUAAAAUCCCAAAAUAUGUGUCAUACUAAUUGUGUAGUGCCGAAAAAUGCCAUGACCUUUUCAUCAAUUGUGUGCUUGUCUGAAAUAGUAUUGAUGCAUUUCUCUCUGUGGACAAGUUAUCUUCUAAAAUAUGUUACAGUUUUUUUUUUAAAUUGUUCAGUUCUCCUACAUGUUUAACAUAAACAUGUUAAUUGUACAAAAAUUGUAACAUUUUUCUACCUUUAAAUUUAUUGUUGUUUUGAUAAUGUAGUACACAUAUGUAAUGUUGGGUUUUUGUUUAGUUUACCAAACCUUUACUUGUAAUGUUUACAUUACAUGUAUUUCUAUUUCUUAAAAGAUUGUGUGCUUA